GUUUGCCUUUGUUGUCAAAAUAAAGGAACUUUCGCAAAAGCAUUUGCUUUCAGCCACCAUUUUCGAGCACGCACAGGAGCCUUUGGGUGAAAAAUCAUUAAUUGAGCGUGAAAUAACAAGUUUAACGUGUGAAAACAGCUUCACUGUUGGUGUCGAUCUGUUCUGCUACGCAAGAGACAGCGUUUACGGAAAAAACUCUUCCGAGCGAGGUCGUCGUGCGCUGUGAGUGCGUAUCGAGCAAAACCAGUUGGAAGUGAGUUGGGUUCACUGCGGAGUCGCGUUGAGUCAGUGGUUUGUUUGUGCAAUUCCGCGGAAGCGUUCCGUUCAAGGGAAAGCCCAACGCGCAUAUUAUAUGCUAUUCGUUGAAGAUUCGAACUCCGUCACCGUCGAUCGAUCAAGCUCUCGGUUUGCUGCGUUUUCUCUGUGCCCAUUUGUGGCGAGCAUAUUUUCCUGAACGUCCGUCGUCCGUUAGUGUGAGUGAGGCGGAGUGAUUGCUACUCGAAGCGGUGCGACAGAGGCGGAAGCAAACGACGGAGAGUGCAUGCGAAAAGGAGAUCGCGAGUCACCAGAUACAGAUCUUCCGUGGCGCGGCGACGAUAGGCGAAAAGUGUACCGUCAUCUGCCACCAGCGGAAGUGAAUUUGCAGUCAGUUUAUUUCAAGUGAAGCAAUCGGAUAUUGUAGUAGUAGCAGCAGCAACAGCAGCCAAAACACACGGAAACGGCAGCUGACCGAUGCGUGUUGUGGUCGGAACGGUGCAAUCGUCUGUUGAAAUCUUCAGUGCGCUAGUGCUCAGUGACUAGGACGACGACGGUGUUUAGUGAACGUUCGUUUACGGCAACGAAGGACCACAACGAAAACGGGCAGUGGUUGUAGCCUGGUGCGUUGUUGGGUCUUUUGCUUGUUUCCUCGCUAAUCCGUACAGUCCGAUAUUCACGGCAGAGCGUCAGAUCGUUUGCCGUUAGCAGUCUUCAGAGCACCGCCACCGUCGAACACAUCAAUUCACAAUGACUGCCACACCGUCGAGUUCCGCCGUUCGGGCACUAUCCUUGGAGUACAAAAGCCUCCAGGAGGAGCCAGUCGAGGGUUUCCGCGUGAAGCUGCUCAACGAGGACAAUCUGUUCGAGUGGGAAGUGGCAAUUUUUGGGCCCCCCGACACCCUUUACCAAGGCGGCUACUUCAAGGCUCAUAUGAAAUUUCCUCCAGACUAUCCAUAUUCUCCUCCUUCGAUACGAUUUUUGACAAAAGUUUGGCACCCAAAUGUGUACGAGAACGGCGAUCUCUGUAUAUCGAUCUUACAUCCCCCGGUCGAUGAUCCGCAGAGCGGCGAGCUUCCCUGCGAACGAUGGAAUCCAACACAAAACGUUCGCACAAUCCUACUGUCCGUGAUCUCAUUGCUUAACGAACCGAACACAUACUCUCCAGCCAACGUUGACGCAUCCGUGAUGUACCGGAGAUGGCGAGAUUCGCACGGCAAAGACAACGAAUAUCCAAACAUAAUCAGGCGACAAGCACAGGCUGCUAAAGCUGAAGCCGAAAAGGAAGGAAUCAUUGUGCCGCUCACCUUAGAAGAAUAUUGCAUCAAGUCGAAAACGAAACCUAGUGGCCAGGAACCUCAGCUCGAUAUGACCGAUUUCUACGAUGAUGAUUACGAUCUGGACACGGAAGACGAUGACAACGCGUCGGUUGAAUCUUACGCCGACGGAGACGACAGUGGCAACGGUGAAUCCUAACGUGGAGCAUCGGUCGCGUAAAACCAAGCCAGAAAUAGAAAGAGAUAGGGACAGGUAGAGUGAGAGAUACAGCGAAAGAUGGAGCGAGGGUUAGAGAGAGAUUGGGUAGAAGAGAGAGAGAGAGAGAGGGAUAGAGAAGGAUAAAAGAGAAACAGCGAGAGGGAGAGAGAAACAGCGAUAAGGAAGACGCAGUUUUCUAGGUUUAUUGUGAACUGGCGUCAAGUAGUGUAGUAGUUGAUUGAAAGAGUUUGUCGGGAAAGAAAGAGUACAGUGGCCUCGAUAGAUGGGUUGGCAUCACUCUUGUUAUGAAUUACAAAAAGUUCAUCUCAUCUGACCGUUAGCAUACCAACGCAGAGCAGGAAUGUCGAGUAUCCGUUUGCCAAAUCAAUGUACCGGUAUAUUUCACUGCAACUGUGCUGUUCUUCUAUGGUCGAGCAAAGAACUCAUUGCUGGAAAAUGAAAUUAACAGUAAAUAAAAUUUUAGUAGCACUGAAACGAUCAUAGAGCUGUCGAGAAAAGGACCCGCUAAAUAGUACCUUCACCCUUUUCCAUUUUUUCGUUAGACCUUGAGCGAGAUGGUCAGUGAUUGAAACAAACCUAUUGAUGAAUGACCAGAUCCACUGAUGGGAAAACUUUACAGCCGUGUGAUGUUGGUGAGGUGAUUCUUAAACUAAUCAAUUGCGUUCAGUUAUGUUCCGGAUGUGGCAAUAAGCCAAUUAAAGUGCAUAUAGUUGUAGAGAGUUCAAAGCGACAUCAUCACGGCAAAAGAGUCGAGCAGACAAAAAUUCAGAGAAUUCCUACGCAAGCCCUGAACAGAUCAGUAUCAGUUUCGGUAUUUGAAAAAGAAGGAAUUUAAAAAGGACAUCAUGCAACAGAUGUUGUCUGGCGGAACUCUAGUGUAUUAUUCUUAUCGGAAUGACAUAGAAAGAUUCAAUCAUCUAAGCCAACCAUCAAAGCAACCUACCGCACCGUCGAUAUGUCACGACGAACAUCAAUAAGCAAUUGCUACGGAGUUCAGACUUGCUGCUGAUUGUUUCUGAAAUUUGCGAUUUGAGAAAGUGGCAUAGAAAGACAUAAGCUCAAGCUAUAGGGUUUGCGAACCACAAACGAAAAGUAGUGAAAUCGAAGAAACGAGUGAGUAAAGUCUACUGAUAGAUAUAUAACAGAUUUAAUACAAACAGUUGCUUACCUCUUUUUUCUGUUUCUUUGCCUUUACCUUCCUGAGAAACUUUUCUACUUUGUUUCAUUUCAUGAGCGCUCCAAUGUAAAUAUAAAAGUAUUCAAGUUUUCAAUCCUUUCGCUUUCUCUCUUUAUUUUCAUCAUCACCAACACUAUUGGUGAUCGUUGUUAUCCAAGCACAUCUGUUGCAUCCGUGCGGGGAGAUUAUUAUCUCUCCCCAGGCCGGAACCGUAACUAAAUAAGUAAUUGGCAAAUAUUAUAGCGCACCUUGUGGCCCGGUAUCGACCCCGCAGAAUCAGGGUUGGUUGAACCACUUAUCAAGCAGUAAGUCAGUCUGCGGUUGAACAGGAAGAAAGACAUUAUGCGCAAAGAGAGCUACACUUUAGAAGCAAUAAAACGAAAACAAAAUCCUAGAUGAUUGUUGGCGACAAAAAGCUAAACCAACUAAAGAAACCCAAAGCAGUACCAAGUUGUGUGGUACCAAGGAAAACUGACAAAUUUACAAUAGUUUUAAUCGAGCGAAUCGUGACUUCGCUUUCCAACCGGCCACGGUUAGAACGAUGGAAUCCCACGGUGUCAGCAUCAGGUUCCCAUUUGGCCGAGUACCAGAUGGUAAAAGAGGUAAAUGUGCAAUAGAAAAUACAACCCAACAGUAAUUUCACCGUAAUCUAAAAACGAUUUGGAAUUAAAAGUAAGUUACUGGACAAGGUACAAGAAGCUACUGUUGACAAUUGCUGGGUGGCACAACACAAACUGAAGAUGGUUUCAGCUUCAGCCGUCUUUUCGUUUCGGUUCCCUUUGCUAGCAUCGGUUUUAAUUUGUUUUAUCGUUUUUGCCUGGCCACUCCCUAGCGAAGGGGGGACGCCUAUAUUGAGUUGCUACACGUUGUUCAUAAGUGGCGCUGAUCACGAUUCCCAACGGUUUUGCUUAGCCAACCUCUGAAACACACACCAAGCAAAGCUAAUAUAAUCCCCAGCGUUAAGUAACUGAACACCAUUUUAUCUUAUUU